AUGGACCAAAACCCCGAGACAGAGCUACUCGUCGCACACUCCUCUCGUGGCCGCGAGGCCUCCGCUUAUCUUUCGUUCGUUGUCGACCUAUACGACGAGCUUCCCGAAUACUCAAUUUUCCUCCAUGCCAACCCCGAGCAGUGGCACAACGAUCUAUUUGGUCCCCAAACAAGCAGCGUUUUGCACAGUCUACGCCGCGAAGCUGUGGAUGCUAUGGGAUAUUUGAACCUGCGCUGUGCGAAUAACCCAGGCUGUCCGAUUCACGUCAAUCCCCAUAGCCCCACACAAGCAGAUAUUGACAAGAAUGAUGCGCGUGCAAACUUUCCUAGUAUAUAUAAAGACAUUUUCGGGGAAGAGGCACAUGUCCCAGAACACAUUGGGGGAAUUUGCUGUGCCCAGUUUGCGGUCAGCCGAGCCCGCAUCUGGCAGCGACCCAAACGCGAUUAUAUCCGUAUGCUAACUUGGGUGAACGAGAAGAGUGUGCCGCUUGUUGAUGACUAUGGUGUUGGGUGGGUGUUUGAAACUUUGUGGCAUGUGGUGUUCGGUAUGGAAGGGGUCCAGUAA